CCCUCCCACUCCCGCCCUCCCCGCGGCGGCUGGCGUCGAGAAAGUACAGUCAAAAGUCCCAGUGCCGCCGCUGGGCGCAAGAUGGGAUCCGGCUCCUCCAGCUACCGGCCCAAGGCCAUCUACUUGGACAUUGAUGGGCGCAUUCAGAAGGUGGUCUUCAGCAAGUACUGCAACUCCAGUGACAUCAUGGACCUAUUCUGCAUCGCCACCGGCCUGCCUCGGAACACAACCAUCUCCCUGCUGACCGCGGACGACGCCAUGGUGUCCAUCGACCCCACCAUGCCCGCCAAUUCCGAGCGCACUCCCUACAAAGUGAGACCCGUGGCCGUCAAGCAACUGUCUGAGAAAGAAGAAUUAAUCCAGAGCGUGCUGACCCAGGUGGCAGAGCAGUUCUCAAGAGCAUUUAAAAUCAACGAACUGAAAGCUGAAGUCGCAAAUCACCUGGCCGUGCUAGAGAAGCGAGUCGAAUUGGAAGGCCUGAAAGUGGUGGAAAUUGAGAAAUGCAAGAGUGACAUCAAGAAGAUGCGAGAGGAGCUGGCAGCCAGAAGCAGCAGGACCAGCUGUCCCUGCAAGUACAGUUUAGUGGAUAACAACAGGAGGUUGACGCCUCGGCGUGAUGUCCCCACGUAUCCCAAGUACCUGCUCUCUCCAGAGACCAUAGACGCCCUCCGGAAGCCCACCUUUGACGUCUGGCUCUGGGAGCCCAACGAGAUGCUGAGCUGCUUGGAGCACAUGUACCACGACCUGGGCCUGGUCAGAGAUUUCUCCAUCAACCCCAUCACGCUCAGGAGAUGGCUGCUCUGCGUCCACGACAACUACAGAAACAACCCUUUUCACAACUUCCGGCACUGCUUCUGCGUGACCCAGAUGAUGUACAGCAUGAUCUGGCUCUGCAGGCUCCAGGAGAAAUUUUCCCAAAUGGACAUCCUGAUUCUAAUGACGGCGGCCAUCUGCCAUGACCUGGACCAUCCAGGCUACAACAACACGUACCAGAUCAACGCGCGCACGGAGCUGGCCGUCCGGUACAACGACAUCUCGCCCCUGGAGAACCACCACUGCGCCGUGGCCUUCCAGAUUCUCGCCCAGCCCGAGUGCAACAUCUUCGCCAACGUGCAGCCGGACGGGUUCAAGCAGAUCAGACAGGGGAUGAUCACAUUGAUCUUAGCCACCGACAUGGCAAGACACGCAGAAAUUAUGGAUUCUUUCAAAGAAACGAUGGAGAAUUUUGACUACAGCAAUGAGGAGCACGUGACCCUUCUGAAGAUGAUUUUGAUAAAAUGCUGUGACAUCUCCAAUGAGGUCCGUCCAAUGGAAGUCGCGGAGCCUUGGGUGGACUGCCUGUUAGAAGAGUAUUUCAUGCAGAGCGACCGCGAGAAGUCGGAGGGCCUCCCUGUGGCCCCCUUCAUGGACCGGGACAAAGUGACCAAAGCCACGGCCCAAAUUGGGUUCAUCAAGUUUGUCCUGAUCCCGAUGUUCGAAACGGUGACCAAGCUCUUCCCCGUGGUGGAGGAGAUCAUGCUGCAGCCCCUUUGGGAAUCCAGGGAUCGUUACGAGGAGCUGAAGCAAAUCGAUGAUGCCAUGAAAGAGAAGACUGAGAGCCUGACGUCCUCCGGGGAAACCGACACGUCGAGAGAGGGAAGCAGAGAUGCGACCAAAAGCGAAGAUAAUGCCAUUCUGAAUUGACGUCGACUCGUAUGCUCGGAAGAAUGGAUCUAAAUUGUUGUAUUUGGCCCCAGUGUGAUCCACGGUGUGUGUGGUUUUCCAGCACAGUCUGCGUGUCAUCCUGUGACGUCCUGAACGCGCCUGCACGUUUUCAAUCCCGACAGAAGCAAACCAGUGGUCUCUUUCCUUUUCCAAGCAGACGGAGCCCGAAGCAGGCAGGACAGUCACGGGCCGCGGUCCUGGACCAGGCGGGCCUGAGCCUCGGGGGAGCCAUCCACGCAGGGAGGUUGACUCCGCGCCCGACUCCACAAAACCGCGUUUUCUAAGAACUGUUUUGUUCACUGAUACAAAAAAAAAAAAAAGGAAUUCAUGAUGCUGUACAGAAUUUUUAUUUUUAAACUGUCUUUUAAAUAAUAUAUUCUUAUACAGAAACGGGUACUGUACUUCUUCUUUGGUAGUGAUGUGUAUCCUGGGGCUGCUCCUGAGGGUCCCCAGAGCCCCCCGGAGCUCUCGCGGGGAGACGAGGAACUGUGCUUUGCUCGCAGAUGUAUCGAGAACGGUUGCCCGGUGUGAUGUGAUGCCCCAUCCCGUGUAAAUUCAGAAUUAAAUCUCAGGCGGUGCCCGGAGCACAA